AUGUUUUCUAUCUUUGUAUUAUUAACUUAUUCGCUCUUAGUAAGUUCAACUUUGACUUUCGAUAUUCUCGAAAGAGAUCUCGGCGAUGCCAUCGGAAAACUUCUUCUAAUUAAUGACAAUCUCUAUCUUGGUACAAGCCAUUCACUAUCUCGUCUAUCAUCAUUAACAUUGAACCGAACAUUAAAUGCAUUCGAAUUCGAUGCCAAUUCUCAUUUGAAAGUUUUAUUAUCCUUACCGAACGAACGCAUUCUUCUAUGUGGAACGUCCGAUCAAGGUUUCUGUCAAAUUCUCGAUAAAAAUUUCCAGAUCAUUAUCAAUUCAUCAUUACCUAUCGUUGCUAAUGAUCCAGUGAAUAGUACAAUGGCAUUAAUUAUUCCGGAAAAGAAUCUUGUCUACUUCGGCGUAACAUACACAAAUGAAGGAAUUCAACGUUGGCAAAUUCCAAACAUAUCCGGCCGUUCGUUGAAUACAUCGCGUUUCAUGAAGAUUGUUUCCAUCAAUGAUAACGAUGACAUGAUCUCACGUGAUGAUUUAGCAUUACGUUUCAUGUCGAGACAACAGACGACAUUCAUCGUUCAGUAUGUUUAUUCGUUUUAUACAAAGAAUUACAUUUACUUUCUCACAAAUCAACCCAAUGAUCUUGAACAGAAGACUUUAUUAACGAAAAUCGUUCGCUUUUGUCGCGAUAGUACAUAUUCAAUUAUCCGAACGUAUACAGAACUUCCAUUAGUGUGUGUAAAUUCAGAUUGGAUAUUGAAAACUGCAGAUAUUAGUUACGAUAAGAAUAAUAAACAAAUUUUAAUUGGUCAUUUUACAAGGAAAGAUGGAACAGGAGGAACAAAUAUUUGUUCAUGGAAUAUCGAAAACGAGAUUGAUCAGGCAUUUGAAGAUAAUUAUCGGACAUGUUAUUCGAUGGGCAUCGGACAACGUGGUUUGGCAUUUAUUAAGCCAAACGAGCCGUGUCGUAAAGAUGAGACAUGGUCAGUGCCACUGAACGAUGAGAACAUUUGUCCUUGGAUAAUUAGUGAUCGUUUACCAUAUCCAGUUGGUGGUGCGACACCUGUUCUCGGUCGAAUACUUUAUGAGAGUUUAAUUGAAAGUUCUUCUGUUGUAAAGAUAUACUCAUUCGACUCAUCGACAAUGCUUGUUUUUCAAGGCUUGACUAAUGGUACUUUUAAAUUGGGCUCGCUCGAUGUUGGUCGAAAUCUCGAUUGGUUUUAUUCGUAUCAAUUAUCAUCGACAACACCGAUUCUUUCCGAUGUGAUCUACGACAAGAAAUCCGCCACGUUCUUUCUCGCAUCAGGCUCCAAGAUCUAUCGUCUAUCAUUCUCAAGUGAUUGUACAUCACGUUUGUCAUGUGACGAAUGUUUAUCUUCAUCAAAUAAUCCAUUGUGUGGUUGGUGUACAAUAAAUGAACGGUGCACAUUGAUCAAUAAUUGUCCUUCGAAUUCUUGGCAACAGGACAGUCAACAGUGUACACAUAUUGUUAACGUUCAACCAUUGAAAGCUUCAGUUGAUUAUAUUCAAUGGAUUAACCUAACGUUAUCAAAAUUACCGCAAUUAGAGCAUAAUGAAAUCUAUCAAUGUAUUUUCGGGAAUAAAAUCAUGUCGGCAUAUACACAAGCAAUUAAAUUAGAUCAUAAUCGUCUUUCGUGUCCCACGCCAUCAAACCAAAAUCUUCAGCUAUAUACAGGAUCUUCAUCGAAAGUUCGCUUAUCGGUGGUAAAAUGGCCAUCGAAUACAAGUGUGGCAACCGUACCUGAAUUCACAUUCUAUAAUUGUUCAUCCUAUUUGUCAUGUGCCUCGUGUCGCUCGCAGAUCGGAUGUCAGUGGUGUUCUCAACGUUGUUCCUCGAUGUGUACUGAAUCGAGCGGACAAUGUCCAACAUUCAAGCUUGUCGAUCCUGCAAAUAUUUUUCUUGAAGCUGGUCAACCGGCGACUAUUCCAUUGAAAUUCGACUCGUUCCAGUUAGAUAAUUCCAUUGAAUGUCGUCUCAAUGGAACAAUUCACGGUUUCCUCACCUCCGAUGGUGUUUGCCAAAUAACGAAAGUUCCCGACGUAACUCUAGAGAACAAUGGUAAAGUUUAUCUAAAUCUAUAUCAAAAUGAUGUCUUGAUCGGUAUGCCAAUUGAAAUGUUUAUCUACCGUUGCGAUCUUUAUGAUUCCUGUGACCGAUGUAAUACACGUUCCAGAUGUUCUUGGUGUCAAGGUGAAUGUUCAUCGCAAUCAACGAACAAAUGUCUAACGAAUGAACAAUGUACAUCGUUGUAUAUCAAAGAUUUUUCACCGAAAGUCAUUCCACUUCAUGGACAAACAAUUCUUCGCAUUGAGCUCAAUGAAGAUGCGAAAGAUGCAGUGCAAGAGAUUUCACUUGCUGAUAUUCCUUGUUUAUUGAUCAACUCUUCGAAUGUCAUCCAAUGUCAAGCACAACCAUCGAAUUCAACACGAAAGGGACGAAUAAGUAUUCGUUUUUCGAAUGCAAUUUAUAUAUUAUCAAAAGAAAUAAUUGAAUAUCGACAACCAGCGAUUGUCUCAAUAAAUCCUUCGAUUGCCUAUCAAUUUGGUGGACAAAUACUUCACAUUAAUGGACAAAAUUUAAUCAGCGGGAAUGAACAAAACAUCCUCAUCGGUAAUUACCAUUGUAAGAAGAUCCAACAGACUCUACGAAACACUUUAUCGUGUCGUUUGCCAUCGAUUCCAUCAGGACUUUACAACAUAACAGUGAAAAUCGAUGAUCAAAUGAUCAGUACAGAACAACAGCUGAAAAUCACGCCGAAUCCAAUUGUUCAAGACAUCGAUCCCACGAUAAGUUUUGCAAGUGGUGGGCGAUUAAUAACCGUACGCGGAAUGUACUUCAAAUCGAUUCAAAUUAUAACCGUGAAAUUUUCGUACAAAAAAUGGAAUGCAAAACUAAAAAUCAAUUCCAAUGAUUUGGUAUCUUCAGAUGGUGGAUUGGUUUCCUCAUUCAAUUUUCGUACACCGGGAAUCCCAUCUGCAUCAGAAGAGUUUCCAUUACCACCACUCGAUGUGAAUUUCUCGUUGGACUUUGAUGAUUCAAUCAUCUCGCUUCCAAACAUUAUCCAGUUUCGCUACAUUCCCGAUGUUUUACUCAAUGUCUCAUCGACACCGCAAACACUACCAUACACGGGUGAAGAAUUGAAAUUACAAGUCGAAAAUCUAACUGAAGCGGCUUCCAUGUCUGAUAUCCAGCUGUUUAUCGGCUGUUCGGAAUGUAAAUUGAAGACAUUCACAUCGAAAGGCAUCACUUGUCAACCACCGACGAAAUUAGCCAUCAAUACGGCCAUUGUUCUUAACAGUCCACAGCAACCAGACGAUUGCACAUUGUUUAACUCAUCUAUCGGCCCUAUUCGAUUUCGUAUUGGUUAUCGAGAAUACUUAAUCGGUUAUUUAUCAUACUCUCGUUCAUUCACGUCGAAAUAUUCAUUUCUGACAAUCAUCGCACUGAUUUGCAGCAGCUGUUUAGUAACAAUUGCGCUGCUUAUUCUUGGUCUAUACCUCUUCUACAAAUUUCGUAAAACCAAAUCACCGCCGAGUUCUUUGACAAAUAUCGAGCGAAAUGAUAAACAAUGCUGGUCAACAGAUACAUCAGCAUCCACAGGUCCAUACUACCAAGUCUACGAACAAAUCUCCUGUUUAUCAUCCCAUGAAAAUACUUUGACUCGUGGUACACUUUUAUCGUCAUGUCCCUAUCAUCAAGAAAAACGUCUCACACCGCCAAUUAUGGAACAAUUACAAAUGAGUCUGUCUUUUCUAACAACACUGUCAGUCGAUGAUGAACAAUUGAAAAAACUACUGUUCCCAGCAGAGAACACAUUUCCGUCAAGGCAUUACCGUCCAUCGAUGGAAUUGUUUUAUGAUCUGCUUCACAUGGCACCAUUUUCUCAAGCAUUUCUUGACAAAUUACUCGAAAAUGAUUCAUUCGAUCUACUCGAAGCAUAUGUUUAUCUCUUUCGUUACAUGCCUGCGAAUCUUCACUCGUUCAACAAUUUCUUUCAAUUCUUCUCCACAUUAUUCUUUCAAAACAAGAAAGAUUUAAUCAACAAAUUCCAUUUUUUCGAUGAUUUCCUACGAAUUCUAAUCGAUCUGAUUGAUUCCUCACCAUCCGAUGAAAUCCUACAUCGUUCAUCUCGUUCCAUCUGUCCGUCAACUCUGCUAAUAAACAACAUUCAACAUUGUUCGUACCAACUGACAAUCGAUUACGAAAAUUUCCUUCGUUUUCAUCUAUCUGUUCUGGAUUGCGACACAAUCAAUCAAGUGAAACAAAAAAUCAUUCGAUAUUUAAAUUCCCACGAAAAUACCUAUCGGCUAAUUGACUGCGAUCAAUUAGACUUGCUGUUACCAACCUUGAAUCAUUGCACAUGCAUGUCUCAAGUUCCCAUGAUAAAAGAUUAUUUGAUUAAUUCAAUAAUUUAUUGUCAAAAACGAUCGUCGAUGAAAAGUGCGAAAACUUCGUAUGCGUAUCAUCUAUGUCCGGAGAGUCAAAUGAUUAUGGAAAGGAAAUUAAUCGAAGAGAAGUUAUUAGAAAACAAGAAUCGUUUACAGCAAAUUUUCAUUUAUUUUUACCAACAAAUUGCCAAUGGUUUGGAUCUCUUUGACAUCUGGACCAAUGACUUUCAACGUGAUCUUCUUUUUCCACAAUACAUUCGAUUAGUCAGUGAACUUAUCCGACGGUUGAACCGUUUGAUCUUAUGUCGUUCAACAUGUCCGAUCAUUGAAUCGUGUUUGAAUGUCAUUGCUGAUGGCUUAGAAUUCAUCUUUGAAACAAAAACAGAGUUUUCCUCGGAGAUCGAAUUGUUGUUCACGGACGAGAAAAAACACUUCGCAUCGUUCGACCGAAGCAGUUUUCAUAUACGUUCAUCGAAUCAAUACAAUCCAAAAUUCUCCUCGAACGAUAUUCGUUCGUUGACUCUCAAUGAUGAUCGUGCGAUUGAAUGUCUUUUUAAACUUUAUGAAUUUUAUGAAUCAAAUAGUGAACCAAUCAACCAACAUAUUGGCGAAAAUCAUGUCAGUGUGCUACUGCCUGUUCAUCAUCUACUUGUUCGAAUACGACAAUUGCUUCAAUCCGACAGCCAGACACUGAUUUGA